AUGGAGAGAAAAUCAGACAUCUAUAUGGAGAACCUGGGGGAAAGAAAAGGGAAACUCACUCCGCUGUUGGCUUUUGCUACCCUGAUCUCUGCAUUUGGCUCGUCUUUUCAGUAUGGCUACAACGUGGCUGUUAUUAAUUCCCCAGCCCCGGACAUGCAGAGGUUCUACGCCAAUGUAUCUGAGAGUCGCAAUAGCACGGUCACCGGUGAUGUAUUAACUCUGCUAUGGUCCCUUACUGUGUCCAUGUACCCCCUGGGGGGGUUCUUUGGCUCUCUCAUGGUGGCACCACUGGUGAAUAAUUUAGGAAGGAAAGGUACCUUGCUGUUCAAUAACAUCUUCUCAAUUGGCCCUGCUAUAAUGAUGGGUGUGAGUGAGGUGCUGGGCUCUUUUGAGAUCAUUAUCGUGGGUCGUUUUAUUGUGGGCAUCUGUGCUGGCCUUUCAUCCAAUGUGGUGCCAAUGUAUUUAGGAGAACUGGCCCCGAAGAACCUGAGAGGAGCUAUUGGGAUUGUGCCUCAGCUUUUCAUUACUAUAGGCAUCCUCACUGCCCAGGUGUUCGGUAUCCGAAAUAUUCUUGGCAACGCCGAAGGUUGGCCCCUCAUGCUGGGUCUCACUGGCGUUCCUGCUCUCAUUGAGCUGCUUCUGUUACCCUUCUUUCCUGAGAGUCCCCGCUACAUGCUCAUUCAGAAAGGCGACACCAAUAAUGCCAGGGCUGCACUGCAGCGUCUGAGAGGAUGGAAGGACGUAGAAGAGGAGAUGACAGAGAUGCAACUUGAAGAGCAGUCAGAGAGAGCCGAGGGCCAGCUUUCUGUGCUAAAGCUCUUCACCUUCCGCUCUCUGCGCUGGCAGCUGUUGUCCAUAAUCAUCAUGAACAUGGGCCAGCAGUUGUCAGGAGUGAACGCUAUUUAUUACUAUGCGGACAGCAUCUUUUCUUCAGCCGGAGUGAAAGAGAACCACGUUCAGUAUGUGACAGUUGGAACAGGGACUGUCAAUGUCCUUAUGACCUUUGCUGCAGUGUUUAUAGUGGAAGCCUCUGGCAGGAAACUGCUGCUUUUGAUUGGGUUCGGGAUCUGCUGUGUAGCCUGCCUGACCCUCACUGUAGCUCUCAGCUUGCAGGAGACGAUGCACUGGAUGCCCUAUGUCAGCAUCGCUUGUGUCAUCAUUUAUGUCAUUGGCCACGCCAUAGGCCCGAGUCCGAUUCCCACCGUGGUUACCACAGAGAUUUUUCGCCAGUCCUCGAGACCUGCAGCUUUUAUGGUGGCAGGUUCUGUGCACUGGCUUUCCAACUUCACCGUAGGUCUGGUGUUCCCCUUCCUAGAGAAAGGCCUGGGGGCCUACAGCUUCAUCGUCUUUGCUUUCAUCUGCCUUGUCACAUUCAUCUACAUCUGGGUGGUUAUCCCAGAAACUAAGGGUGCCACCUUCUUGGAGAUCAGCAAGCUGUUUGCUAAAAGGAACAAGGUGGAGAUCGCAGUGGAUGAUGAAGAUUGGAGGAUGAAAGAGUCUGGAAUGAUAAACCAUGAAAAGGAUGUAAUUACAGCUUUCUAA